UCCUUAAGCUUUAUUCUUAAAAAGAUAACAACAUCUUCUCUCUUUCUCUUCUGUUCUUCUGCCCUUCUGCAGCAUUAAAUACUUCAAAACUCCCUCUUUCCCUUUAACUUUUUCUUCCCUUCACUCUUCUUCUUAAUACAUCCAAUAUAUGUUAUUCAUUCCUUUUGCUCUUCAAAUCAUAACCCACUCAUUACCCUUUAAACCCCUCAUCUUUUUGCCACUCUUCUCUCAUGAACCCGCCGGACCUCUCCUUGCACAUCAGCCUCCCCUUCUUCGCCCCGCCCUCUCACAAUCCUGACUUCACCCAUCAAAAUGGUUGCUUCCACUUUGGAUAUGAACCAGCCCAUCUGGGUCGUCCUCGUCACCAAGCUUAUAAUGUCCUCCAUGGCCGCCGCCGUGACUUUAAACCAAGUGUUGGUGGGUGUGGAGUGAGAAGAAGCAUCCGAGCUCCUAGAAUGAGAUGGACUACGACGCUACAUGCUCAUUUUGUACACGCUGUUGAGCUUCUUGGCGGCCAUGAAAGAGCUACACCAAAAUCAGUAUUGGAGCUUAUGAAUGUCAAGGAUCUAACCCUAGCUCAUGUCAAAAGCCAUUUGCAGAUGUUCCGAACAGUGAAGAACAGUGUGAAGAAGGGAACAGACGAUUAUGGAAGGCCUGAGAUCGAAGCAGAUGGGGUUUUAUCUUCUUCUUCUUCUUCUUCUUCUUCUUCUUCUUCUUCAUCUUCUUUAUCUCUUCAAAAAUCUAACUUUCACACACUCAAACGAGGCAAUAGUUGCGAGAGGACCAACUCAAACGCCGACGUUUUGCAAAGGAUUAAUUUAGACUUCACUCUUGGAAGACCUAGUUGGCAAUUGGAUUAUGGGGAUGCAAAUAAUAAUAAAAUUUAAAAUAAAAAAGCUUAGUGUAUUUUUAUUAUUGUAUUAAGAAAAUAUGAAUAGAAAUGAAUGUCAGGAAUGAAGGUUCUCCUACAUGCCCCCAUGUCCAUGCCCAUGCCCAUUUCUUGGCUAUCUUGACCUUUGAGGUGCUCAUCGGCUUCAGUCCCGCACUCCUGCAGCACAAUGGCUAGCAAUGGCUCUACACACUGGCUAUAACCAUGCCUUCUUAACCCAUGAGUCCGCCCUCAAAUUUUCACUACUCCUAGUUACUGAAUUUAUCUGUCCUCUAUCUCGUGCUAUCAUUACCGUCAUUCUCACUAUAAAUUUUAACAUUAAAAUGGUUUUCAAAUAUCUUAGAUCUCUGUAAAUUACUUUUUAGUGAGUUAUUUGACUCUCGACCAUGGAUGAAUUGGUUUACCAUACUAAUCACUCCCUAGAGAUCAUUUUCAUUUUA